UUUUGGGAUUCUUUAGUUUCUUGGAUUAAUCAAACGUUUUCUCUGCACGACUUUCUGUGUGUUUCAGGUUUGUGUUUAGAGAAACGAGUUUUUUACAGACUCAUCUCAGGUCUCCACAGCAGCAUCAACAUCCACCUGUGCGCCCAGUACCUGCUGGACGAGGGCUGGGGCCGCUCCGUGUGGGGGCCAAACGUCCGGGAGUUUCGGCAGCGCUUCGACACGGCGGAGACGAAGGGCGAGGGCACGCGGCGGCUGAAGAACCUCUACUUCCUGUACCUGAUCGAGCUGCGGGCGCUCUACAAGGUGGCUCCGUACUUUGAACGAGCGUUCGUUAAUCUGUACACCGGAAACACGCAGCAGGACGGAGCCACCAAGGACCUGCUGCUGCAGAUCUUCAACGAGAUCAAAGCUUUCCCGAUGCACUUUGACGAGAAGUCGAUGUUCGCCGGACACAAGAUCGAAGCCAAAACAUUAAAGGAGGAAUUUCGUCUCCACUUUAAAAACAUCUCCAGGAUCAUGGACUGCGUCGGCUGCAGUAAAUGUCGACUUUGGGGGAAACUUCAGGUGAGUCGCUUCGCUGCGUCUCCGUUUCGGAGGUUUAGACUCUGACGCGCGUUCUUCGAGUGUCGUCAGUCUAUUAAACGGCCGUUAUCGGCUGUUAUCAGGGGCACGUUUUUACAGCGCGGUUCUACUCUACGUCCGAUAUUUACGUUUAUCGCGAGGCGGCGACGUCUCGUGGUUGAAGAGUUUCGACUGGAGCAUCGGCGGAGGUCAUGUGACGCAGUACGGAGGGCGAACAAAAUUAACACUGGAAUUAGACAGGAAGUCGCUGCUCGUGUCCUUUUUAAAACCAAAACUUAAACGAAUUAUUUUAACCGACGUACGUUAUUUAACUCGUGCCAUGUACAUUAAUAUAAGUUACAUACAGUAAAAAUAUAAAAGGAUCAGCAGAGCUUUCUUUUUCUGUUUGUGUUUAUUAACAUUUUCAGGGCGCACAGUUUCAGUGCCCGUUUCAGGACCAGUUAAUAAAAAAUAAUAAAAUGGAUAAUAUUAAUCAGAAAUCUAAGUUUCAAUGCCCAUCUGAGGACGCG